AUGGCGGAGUCCCUUCUCAGUUUGUCAGGGACUGUUUUAGCUUCUCUCAUGUUUCAACAUGUAAACAGUGACACAGAAGUGGAGGGUCUUCUCAUUGGAGAAAGCAGGGUCGUUGAGAAGGUCAUCACCGGCAACUCGCAGUCUGAUCACAUUCAAAGAGAAGAAUUUUAUAAUAUCCAGAAGCACAUCGCCUGCCACAGUCUGAGCACUUUGUACACAAGCUCUGGGGAGGUGAACAUGGCUGCUCUGCAGAAGAUGCUGGCAGACAACGAGCAGGAUAAAGUGAUCGGCUGGUAUCGGCAGCGGAAGGACACGGAGCUACACGUGACGUUCAGGGAGAGGCUGGUCCAUGAAAAGCUGAAGAGCGCGCUGUCAAAGCCAAACAUGAUCUUCAUGCUGCUGACAUCCAGCAGCCUGACAAUGACUGGCGCCACUCACAUGACAGAGUACUCUGCCUUCAUCUCCCGCAACAGGUGCCUCGUCAGCAUUCCAGUUCUGGUUACCAACUUGGGUCUGUUGGAGCAGCAGGCCUACUGGAAGGAGUCAGUUAUGUGCACUGCAGUAGGAUACAACCUCAUCAUGAAGGAUUCCAGGUCCAAGUUCACCUCCGACGGGCAGUUGAAGGAGGUGAACGAAGUGAUUAAGAUGAACGAGUCACUGCAGGGGAAGCUGCAGAAAGCGUGCAGAGACGUGGAGGAGAGCGAACGUGCGGUUGAAGUGCUGCAGGCCGAGGUUUCAGCUCUCAAAAAGGAACUGCAAGAGAAGCAACGGGCUGCAGCAGGAAAAGAUAGCAAACCCACCAGUCCACCCGAGCCGAAGAACAACUUGCUGCUGCUUGAAGCUGCCAAAAGUCUGCUCGGCUCUUCCCCCGUGUGCCUCACACAGACCCCGAACCUGCAGGCGUUCCCUGUGUCUGAUGAACGCGUUCCCAUGGAAACAGAGGUAAACUCGGACACCGUGCAGGAACAGCUACCCUUGCUGUAG